ACAUCACUACAACAACACCGUCCAAAGAUGGCGGCGCUGUCUUCACCCCUACGAGUGUGCCGAGGAAUAUUAAAAGAGUUACGCGCCAUCCAGGGACCCGGCUACAAACGGUCUCUGGCUUACGGCUACGUCAUGGACCAGUUUCGUAAGAAUAAGGCGAGUUUACCACCCAGUAACGUAACGGGAGAAAGGUACUGCCGUGCCCAGCAGGAGGCACACCACGACUCGCACACAUACCUGUGUUUGUUGGAGUCCACCAGGAACCACAUGCUCCUGCACAACCUCUACCACGGCAAGGGAGAGCGCAGCCCAGAGGAGGUGGCCGGUCUGGUGGGGCUCAGGUUGCCUACGCAGCCGGGGGGGAAAGGCUGGGAGAAGUGAGGACACGGGAGGAGGAAGAAGAUCUCGACUUUCUUCAGCUGAUCUCAUGUAAACUCCAGACAGAUGAAUAUUUGACUGGAGAUCGUGCCAUCAUGGACUGCUUUGAGGGACUUAUUCCUGUUGUGGCGUUGUACUAACGUUCAGAUAAUCUGAUCUGAGAGUAUUUGAACUGUGAAAAUAUGCUGAUUAACAGUCUGUCGUUUCACUGUAAAUAUACUAUAUCAUGCAACUGUUAAAAGGCAGACACAACCAAUCAAAAGGACUGUGUUUGGAUUCAUUAAAAUAUCCAUUACCCUU